GUCAUAAGUGUUCAAGUUUAAUACAAAAAUGGGCAAUACGCAGACAGGUGAAAAGCCUUCCAAAACCGGAAAAUCGCCUGCGAAAGGAAAACAUUUCAUAAGGAACCUUAAUAGGAAAAGUUCUGGGAAGGAGAGCAAAAAGCAUGGGCGCAAAAAGAGCAUCGGCAAGCGAGAGAUCACUGAUAGGGAACUUGAUAAAACAUCAGAAUCUGAUAACAAUGAAACUAUUGAGGCGUCGGAUAACGAUACGGUCGAGUGCGUGUUCAAAACAUCGUCGGCAAGGGACAAGCGGGGCGUGGAUAGAGCGAGUGUGCAUUCGGAGGUAACGGUGACCAGGUGCGAGGCGCAGCGCGCGGAGCGGCGGUCACCGACCCGCGAGCGCGACCAGUUGCCCGCCGCCGCCGCCGCAUCGCCCGCAGACCCAUCCUCCUCCGACUCAGUGUUCACGGAUCCCUUAACGCCGCUCGCCGUCGAGCUCAACCAGUGCUACUACUCCGCGGAAAGCGACAGUGCGCACGACGAACCCCCGCACUCCCUGACACUGGCGCAAAACGAUGCGCCCGCGCACAUCUCGGCUCUGACGGCCAACGGCACCUGUUGUCCGCCAGCUACAGAAAUGCCACACGAUGACACCUUUUCUCCGAUCUCAGGCGAUGUCAUGGAAAAAGAAGUAAAAAGUGACGUAUUCGAUGACACUAGUGAUAGACAUGAGAACGAAAAGAUUAUGGGGGCAAUUAUAUCCAAGUCAAAAGACGAUUCCCUGGAUCUUAAAGACAAUGAGUGUAACCACGAAUUUCUGGAUAACCGGCUAAAACCGUGUCCGGGACAAACUGCCUUCACUAUCUCCAGACAUCGAAAAGUUGAACUGCCACCUGUUGCCGCCGAGAGCUCUCUUAAUAUACUGGAUAACGAGGCCGACCGACGUCACUCCAGUGUUAGUGACACACCUAUGUCUGACUCCAACGUACUCCGCAAAGUUGCAUCUCUCACUCUCGACAAGCAUACGGAGUCGAAAGUGGUGCGUCCAAAGUUUGUGCCCGAGAAGUUGGAUUUUCAACUGUAUGAAAAAUUCGAAGGACAGAUGCUUCUAAAUUGGUUUCUUUCAUCAAUAUCUGAAGACACUCACUUAAAACACUCGUUAAGUUGUCAGGAUCUGAAAACCCUUGGUGUUCAAUAUUGCACUCACCUCCUGGCAGCUGGAGUGCUACAACAAAUUUCUGAUAAGGAUGCACCAACUGAAAACAUUUUUAAGCCUAACCUAAUGUAUUAUUGGUCUCACAUGGAGUUGCCAGCCUCCCAACCUGUUACACCUGGGAAAUUAGAUACAACUUCAUGGCCUCCUGAAAAAGAAACAAAUGCACUAACAAAGCAAAACCAAGAUGGUUACAUUUGUAAUAUAGAAAAUGAAUUCACAGAUGAAAUUAGUGAUCUAGUGAAAGCCAAAUUUGUAAUAACAGAACUAAAAAGAAAACUAUUAGAGUUAGAAAGUCAACUAGAAGAUUACAAGACCAAUACUCUAUCCAGCUUAAAUAAUAGAAAUUUGCUAAAUUCUGAAAGCUUAUCAUGUAAUAACAAAACAGAUUUAGUUAGUAAAGAGGUACAAACAUGCAAUGGUAAUGAAAUCAAUAGGCUGGCUAAUAUACCUGUGAUACACACAUCUAAGGAUGAGAUUAAAUCUAUAGGAUUAAGUAGGUUAAUUUACAAACACGAUUUAGUUGAUAAAGAUAUAGAAGGGAAACCUGAACAAAGAUCUGAAAAAAUAGAAAAUUAUUGUAAAUUAAAUAAAAGUCGAGAUUCCAACAAGUCUUAUUGGAAAGAUGAGUUACCUGAUAACAUAACAAAUGAGAAUAAAAUAAAAGGUAACAGAGGAACAGAAAUCUUAAGUAUGAAUCUUAAAAAUUAUAAUCAACAUAUGACAUAUUUUAAUGAGCAAAAUCUUGAAUGUCAAAGCUCUUCUGAUUCUUUUCUAAGUACAACAACUGAGUUAUUGAGUGACAAAAGUAAUAAAUGCACAGAUAUAUUCGGACAAGAUAAAGAUGUAAAAAAUAUUACAAAUUCUAUAAUUUCUACAGCUUCUGCUCAAGUACUAUUUAACAGAAAUGAUAUGAACGCAUUUGCUGUUGCAACCAGUCAAUCUUCAUCCAAUUUACCAACUAUACAAUCAACAACAGAAGUGGUUCCUUCUUUAAAGUUAUCAGAAGGAGAAUCAUGUUUACCCAGAUUGAGAAAUGAGCAGCUCUCAGACAAUGACUCAUGUCAACCCCCACCACCACUGCCUGGAAUGUCACCAUCACCACCUCCUAUGCCUGGAACAAAUAGUACUAACAAUUCUAUUAUACCACUAGAAAAAGCAAAAUCUAAUCGAGAUUUUGAGUCAAAAAUGGAAUCUGCUUCAAUAAAUCAAUCAGAAAACAAAUCUAAUUCAGAUGAGAUUAAAUCCAGACCAAAAUCUUUUGUUGAACCAGUAGUUUCAUUGCAAGAAAAGAAACAAUCCUCUUUUCUGUCUGAUGAUAAACAUCCUCAAUCUCCCAUGCCAGUUGCAGAAACUUCAUUAUCUAGACCAAUACCACCAACAAUGCUAGAGAUAGGUCCUCCAUUGCCAGGCAUGGGUCCUCCACCUCCUCCAAUGCCAAGCAUUGGUCCUCCACCUCCACCAAUGCCAGGAAUUGGACCUUCACCUCCACCAAUGCCAGAAAUGGGACCUCCACCUCCACCAAUGCCAGGAAUUGGACCUUCACCUCCACCAAUGCCAGAAAUGGGACCUCCACCUCCACCAAUGCCAGGAAUUGGACCUUCACCUCCACCAAUGCCAGAAAUGGGACCUCCACCUCCACCAAUGCUAGGAAUGGUACCUCCACCUCCUCCAAUGCCAGGCAUGGGUCCUCCACCUCCACCUAUGCCAGGCAUGGGUCCUCCACCUCCUCCAAUGCCAAGCAUGGGUCUUCCACCUCCUCCAAUGCCAGGCAUGGGUCCCCCACCUCCUCCUCCAAUGCCAGGAAUGGGUCCUCCUCCUCCACCAUUGCCAGGCAUGGGACCUCCACCUCCACCAUUGCCAGGAAUGGGCCCCCCACCACCGUCAAUGUCAGGCAUAGGACCACCCCCGCCUCCUAUGACGGGAUUUGGACCACCUCCUCCCCCAAUACCUGGCGUACCUGCCCCACCAUCAAUAGCUGCUAGUCAUACAGGGCCUGCACCGUUUCCAGCACCUCCCGCCGGAGGAUGGAAUAUGCAAAGAGCUACUCUACGGAAGCCUCCAAUAAAGCCAUCAGCGCCUAUGAGACCUUUGUAUUGGACUCGAAUUUUGGCAGCACCGUUACCGCCUACCUGUCAGGGUGAGGCAGAAUCGUCAAAAUUGAAACCAUUGUGGUUAGAAAUCGAAGAAGCCAGAAUAGAAAACAUAGACGAAUUCACGGAAAUGUUCUCGCGACAAGUCGUUAAAGCCCCCGUAAAGAAAAAAGUCGAAGUGAAGACUAAAAUUCAGCCAAUAAAAAUCUUAGAUAGCAAACGAUCUCAAAAUGUUGGUAUACUAGCCCAAAGCUUGCACGUUGAAUUUUCGGAGAUCGAAAACGCAAUAUACAAUUUCGAUACGUCUGUCGUAAGUUUAGAAGCAUUGCAACAAAUUUAUGAAUUGCGAGCUACUUCAGAAGAAUUAAUGCACAUAAAGGAACAUUUAGCUAACAAACCUGAUAUCCCAUUGGAUAAGCCGGAGGCAUUCUUACAUGAUCUGUCGGGAAUACAUCAUUUUGCGGAGAGGAUAUCCUGUUUUACAUUCCAAGCGGAGUUCGAUGAUUCUGUUAAUACAAUAAUGCACAAAUUGGAUAACUUGAAACAUACUUGUGAGUUCCUCAUAACUAAUGAAUCUCUGAAGCAUUUAUUUUCAAUAAUUUUGGCGAUCGGUAACUAUAUGAAUGGUGGGAAUGGACAAAGAGGCCAAGCCGACGGUUUUGGACUGGAGAUACUCUCUAAACUGAAAGAUGUUAAGUCGAAGCAGUCGAACGUAACGCUCCUGCACUUCAUCGUGCGCGCGUACAUGAAGUCGCGCGGGGGCGUGUUGUCUGGCUCGUGCCCGCUACCCGUGCCCGAGCCCGGCGACGUGUUCCGCGCGGCCGCUAUCGACUUCGCGGACGUCGCGGCGAGUCUCGCUACGCUUAGGAAAAAUCUGGAUGAUUGCACACAUAAAAUGGAGAAAGUGAUAGAGGGCGAUGCCUCACAUAAUGGUGAUGAAAAUGCAAGUGGUGAAAGUACGAAUGCGAGUGGUGAAAGUACGAAGAGACUCGACGUAUUUAAAGAUAAGAUGACUACAUUCCUAAACGCAGCUGAAGAAAAACUGAAGACUGAAAAUGAGAACAUGUGCGAGUGUCGAAGCAAAUUUAUUGCAACUGUGAAGUUCUACCAGUAUUCACCGAGAAACGGAAAAAUUGAAGACUGUGAGCCAAAGGAAUUCUUUUCACUGUGGACUUCGUUUUGUACCGAUUUCAAAGAUAUAUUUAAAAAAGAGGAACAAAUUGCUAUAAAAGAAAAACUUAAAGAAACUAAAAAGCUUCAAUGUGAGAGAAAAGCGAAUACACAGCCCAAAAAAGAAGGUGGACUGAAAGCACGGUUGCAGAAGUUAUCCAGUACUAGAAAAUGAAUAGUGGAUUCGAAUAGUUGGCAGUGUUUUGCAAUAACUUGAAUAAAAUAUGCUUUGAAAUGGCAAAUAAGACGGUAAAAGUGCAUUAAGGCGCUUUGCAAACAUACACUUUUGUGUAUCAUGUGUUGCUUAAAAACUGCCUUUGAACAUUUUACUAUAAUACAACACAUACAAAAUUUUUCCCUGUCAAAGCAACUACACAAUAAAUGCCCUGUGCUGAUAACAAAAAGUGUCUAGGUUUGCGCAGCAUAUAACGGUACAUGCAAACUUAAGCUAAAUAUUGCUGCAAAAUAAUUAUAAUUUUGGUUUUAACGCUUUGUCAUUGUCAUGUCAAAAUGUUUUGUAUUAAACCAGAAUAAUCUGACCUUUUAAUUAAAAUUCAUACGUUUUUAUACAAAACAAAAAUUUGAGAAACAUCCUACUUCUCACUUGUAUAAUAGUGGUAAAAUUAUUUUGAUUCUUAUGAUUUGGACAUGAACAAUUCUAUCUUCAAUCUGGUAUUAAAGAAAUAAUCGUUCAUGAUCAACAUCAAAAUAUUUGUAUCAUGUAUUAUAAUCGAUACAAAUAUUUUAUGUGUUUUAUUUAUCUGGGACAGCUUAAGCGUAAUCCCAAAACCACAUAAACAAUAAUAUCUGCGGAAGCAUUAACAAAUAAUUUAUGCCAAUUGAAUUACAUUUCCAUACUGUCACAGAUAAAUGAAAUGCUGGUGCUAUUUGCUUCGUUCUACAGUUGUCCCUAUAAAAACUCACUGGCUGUUAAAAAGUACAGCAUAUCUCGUAUGUCAGAGAUGAUAUCUGCAGAAGAACCAAAAACAUUUACAAAAACCGUACAGACAUUGCUGUAGAAGUUGUUAAGCUAAAGAAAGUGACGCUGGGGUCCCAAGGUAUUGGAGUGAGCGGUGUGUGGGUAUUGAUCGACAGGGAAUCAUAGAGUUGCUCAACAAAAGUUACACAGAAAAAGUUUGGAAUUAUCAAUGUCCAGCAGUGUAAUAUCCAUUGGUCAAAAUGGAAAUAAUCAUGAUUAUACAUCCAAAUUAGCACCACUAUUAAGAUUCCUAUUUUCAGGGUAAGAUGGCUGUGGAACAUUAUAAUAAUAAAUGUUCAUUCAGCACAAAACUACCAGUGAUAAAUGAUAAAUAAAUAAAUCUACAACACUCCUAAAUUAUUAACAAUGUGUAACAUAAUACUUUGCUCAAGCAGUAAGUUUUUGCUUGCUAAUAUGGGUACUUUGUGGUAUCUGGAACAAUUUCAAAAAUCUUAUUACAAAAUAAAAAAAUAAGUUCAUAAUAUAAAAGGGCAUUAAACUACACAUUAUGCUAAAUUUUUGUAACUGAUAUAUUCAUUGAAAUAAAAUACCUAUAUCAUUGUGUUUCUAUAAAAAUACAGUCUAAGUACAUCGAAACCAAAAUCAUUCCAGCAAACACUCAGGUGUUAAAUAGAUAUAAGUUGUGUUAAAUUAAUAAUUGUUAUCAUUCAUCGAUUAACAUACACAAUGUGUAGUCUUUAAUAAUGUACCUGAUCUAUUGUUUUAAUGAAACAGUUAAUUUAAAAUACAUUGUAUCUUAUUGUUUACAAUAAUUAUUAUAACUAUGCGAAUGGUGCUUAUGUCUUGAUUAAGUUUUGUAAUAUAAAGUAGAUAGUAACAUAAUACAUUUCUUUUAACAGUAA